UCCAAAGGGAAAGAAAGAACGAAGUUGAAAAAGCAAUAUGGGUUUUGUAGACCAUAUGUCCGAUGUAUGUGCAGUUACAAGCACCAGAAACAGCAUACGGAAGCCAAUGCAGACGGUUGAAAUCAAGGUGAAAAUGGAUUGCGAAGGAUGCGAGAGGAGAGUUAGAAACGCCGUUUCCUCAAUUAAUGGUGUAAGAUGUGUGGAGAUAAACAGAAAGCAAAGCCGAGUUAGAGUAAGUGGAUACGUGGAACCAAACAAGGUGUUAAAUAGAGUGAAGAGCACGGGAAAGAAAGCUGAAUUUUGGCCCUACGUCCAGUACAACUUAACAUAUUACCCUUAUGCUCUUGAGGCCUAUGACAAGAAGGCACCAUCCGGAUAUGUGAGGAAUGUUGCCGAGGCGUUCCCAGACCCAUUGCCAACCUCAAAUGCCCCUCACACUCUCCACAACUAUACCACACUUUUCAGUGAUGAAAAUGUUGAUGCAUGCUCUAUUAUGUGACACCCCAAUUUUUAUUCAAUACAUUUCUUGUCUCUUUAUAUUAAAAAUAAAUAAAAUCCAGAGAAUUAAAUCAUUCCUAUAUGUUUUUUGUUCAUCCAUGUUGAUAUGCCGUAUGUACGUAUAUCAUCAUGUAAAUGUAUAUUGGUGUUAUGAAAAAGAAAUUAUAUCGGAGUGCUGAGGCCCAAUGUUCCCAAGUAAGUAAACAGAAGGCCCAAGUAUACUUAAUCUAUAGGUGGCAAAUGAGUGGGUUGUAUUGGGUUUAUUACGGAUCGGAUUUAAAUUUGUUCAAAUAUAUAGAUCGGAUUUAAAGAAGUUCAAAUGUAUGGGUCGGACCGAAAACGAGUUGGUUUGGGUAUCAUUAAGUUCAAUGCAAUAAAAUUUCUUUUUUCUUUUUUUUUUUUAUAGAAUUUUGAACUCCCAUCAAAUCUCAUCGACUAAUUUUUAG